CAGAGUCAACAUCGUUUCCAUCGAGAGUUCCGUUUCGAAUCCGUUUCGAGUCCAGUCGAGAGAAGUUAUUUAAAGGGAAAGCAGCUGAUCAAAAUGCACGGAUACCGCACAUACAACAUGGAGAGCCAUCAUCAUGAUAGCAGCAGCGCCGUUGACCAGAAGCCGCUGGUCGUCGAUCUGAUAUCAACACAGUAUGGCAAACCACAAACGCCGCCACCAUCACCAAAUGAAUGCCUGUCCAGUCCAGACAACUCACUGAAUGGCAGUCGCAAUUCGGAGAUACCCGCUGAUCCGUCGGUUCGUCGCUAUCGAACUGCCUUCACACGCGAUCAGCUGGGCCGUCUCGAGAAGGAGUUCUACAAGGAGAACUAUGUGUCGCGUCCUCGCCGUUGCGAGCUCGCCGCCCAACUCAAUCUGCCCGAAUCAACGAUUAAGGUCUGGUUCCAGAACCGCCGCAUGAAGGAUAAACGCCAGCGCAUCGCCGUCGCCUGGCCAUAUGCCGCCGUCUACUCGGAUCCCGCUUUCGCUGCUUCCAUUCUGCAAGCGGCUGCCAAUAGCGUGGGCAUGCCGUAUCCACCCUAUGCACCAGCUGCUGCUGCCGCCGCCGCCGCUGCUGCCGCUGCGAAUCCGAUGCUGGCCACUGGCAUGCCCACAAUGCCGGUGCCCGGCCAUUCACCCUAUGCCCAGUAUCGCUAUGCGCCCUAUCAUAUUCCUGCACGCCCAGCGCCACCUGCUCCGCACAUGCAUCCACACUCGCAUUCGAUGUCGCAUCCGCACUCCCAUUCGCACUCGAUGCAGGGCGCUGCUCCCAUGGGCUAUCCGGCGGCAAUGUUGGGCGCCGCCGCUGCUGCUGCCGCCAUGCCGCCCAGCUACGCCGGUCAGCUGCAGGUGCCAAAGACGCAAACACCUCCGCUGGAUCUGCAAUCGUCAUCGUCGCCGCACUCCUCGACACUCUCGCUGAGUCCCGUCGGCUCUGAUCACACCAAGGUCUUCGAUCGCAGUCUUAGUCCGCUGCGCUCCGCGCCCGCCGGCAACACCACCAGCUGCCCACUGCCCGCUCCUGGGCUGCUGAUGGCCAGCAGUGGCAAGCGACCAGCGUCGGAUAUGUCGCCGCCACCAUCGGGGACGACAGUCAUUGCGGAGCCAAGACCGAAGCUGUUCAAGCCCUACAAGACUGAGGCGUAGGCGUAGCCGCGCCAAUCUCAUAAUCCUUUCAACCCCCUUCCCGUUCCCCAUUCCCCAUACCCCUGCCAGCUCCAUCCAUUGUACAAAUUAGCAUUAAUUGUUGUGUUGUUUUCCGCCCAGCCCCCCUCGUCUACUCUUUCUCAGUGUGUAGAAUCGCAUAAAGUCAAAUUAAUUUAUCAGUUGU